AUGCUAGAGUGUAUAAGUAUCUCGCCUGAUGGUGAGUUUAUAGAUGGCGAUGGUAACCAAAUUCAAUUACGGGGAGUUAACUUGACUUUUAAUAACAAGUUCCCACAGUUUCCCUAUCUACCAACGAAUGCACCGAUCGAAGAUGACUUUUGGGAUGAAGCUGAACAAGUUUCUUUUGUAGAUGAUUCGUUGAGCUCAGAAGAUAUUGAGGCCCAUAUUACUAGAUUAAAAUUACUCGGCUAUAACUGCAUUAGAAGUUGUUUCACUUGGGAGGCUAUUGAACAUGGCGGCCCUGGCGUGUAUGACAAAGACUAUAUGGACUUCACAGUACGAGUAUUAAAAAUAAUACAAAAAGUUGGGGGAAUUUAUGUCUACUUAGAUCCUCAUCAAGAUGUUUGGUCAAGAUUUUCUGGUGGUUCUGGUGCCCCAUUAUGGACCUUAUACUGUGCGGGAUUCCAACCAAAAGGAUUCCAAGCGACGGAGGCGGCAAUCUUGCAUAAUUACUAUAUUGAUCCUGAGAGCAAAUCUGAAUUGUUUGUUUACCCUAAAAUGAUCUGGUCUACCAAUUACUUUCGAUUGGCUUGUCAGACAAUGUUCACUUUAUUUUAUGGUGGGAAGGAUUUUGCUCCAAAGUGCAUAAUAAACGGUGUAAAUAUCCAAGAUUACCUUCAGGAUAAGUUUUUAAAGGCUGUAAUGACAUUUUAUUCAUAUAUUAAAGAAAAUGCUCCUGAUUUGUUCGAAGAAAAUGUUGUUAUUGGCUUGGAAACUUUGAAUGAACCUCAUUUUGGCUACCUCAAUGUGCUAAACUUGGAUGAAUUUUCAAAAGAUAGGAGCCUAAAGAAGGGUACUACCCCCACAUCCUACCAAAGUUUUCUACUAGGCGAGGGUAUAGCCUGUAAUGUUGAUAUUUACGAUAUUACUAUUUUCGGUGCCAAAAGAGUUGGCAGGACAUUGGUAGACCCUAAGGGCGUGAAGGCCUGGCUCACUGAGAGUGAACGCCAUGAACUUGACAAAAAAUAUAACUGGGUUAGGGACCCAGCAUGGCUACCAGGUUGUAUAUGGAAGGCGCAUGGUGUGUGGGGAUUUGACGAAAAACACAAGCCGGUACUUUUAAAUCCGGAGUAUUUUAGCAAGUCUCCUAGGACUGGUGAACCCCUUAGUAUCAAGUACUUCACUAACCACUAUUUCAUUGAGUUUUUCGCUAAAUUUAGGAAGAUGUUCAGAGAGAUUGAUGAUAAGGCGUUAUUGUUUCUUGAACCGCCAGUCCUAAAAGAGCCACCGUUCCUAAGAGGUAGCCACUUAAUAGACAACAAGACAGUAUAUGCUUGCCAUUUUUACGAUGGCAUGUCCUUAAUGUUCAAUUCAUGGAACAGGAAGUUCAACAUUGAUACUUUUGGAUAUAUGCGGGACAGGUACAGCCAUCCCAUUUUUGGUAUCGUUUUUGGUGAGACAAAUACAAGGAAAUGCUUCCGAAGGCAAUUAAGAGAGAUGAAGUCCGAAGGUAGGGCCUUUCUUGGAGAUCAUGUUCCCAUAUUCUUUACUGAAAUAGGUAUGCCUUACAAUAUGGAGGAAAAGAAGGGCGUUAGAACGGAAAGGUUCACCUCUGAAGUUCGCGCCAACGAUGCAUUGGGGUUUGCUUUAGAGAGCAACAACAUGUCAUAUUCUUUAUGGUGCUAUAAUCCCAAUAAUAGCCAUAAGUGGGGCGACAACUGGAACCAGGAGAACUUUUCAAUUUGGAAUUCCGAAGUUGCUGUUAGCGAGCCCAAAAAGAUUAUAUUCAAAGCUAAUGGUGACCCUUCUGCAUCGUUCUCGUGCUCAACGGUAUCAACUGCGGGCUCAGAAGAUAAAAACCACGAGGAGGAUGCGGCAAAGAUAUUCGAUUACAGCGGGUUUCGCGCAUUAGAUGCAAUUCUGAGACCUUUUCCAACUAAAAUACAUGGCAAAUUUGUUAAUGCUGAGUUCAAUCUAGAACAGUCACGUUAUAAACUAGAAAUUCAAGCUCGUGAUGAUAUUGAAGGAUUCACUACGGUAUUUUUGUCCUAUUAUCAUUUCCCUAUCGAAUCUAGUGAGGUCAAAGUAUCAUCCGGCCAUGUUGUUAGUGAUGUAGAAAAUCAAUCGAUAAGAUGGUACCAUAGUAAGGGAGGAAACCAGACCUUACAAGUAGAAUUGAAAACCGAUGAGAUGAAUUCAUCGCAGAUCGAUUCAACAGGAUGCACAUUGAUGUAG